AUGGACCCAAUCAUUGCUCAAAUUCAGGCCUUGGCCAAGACUUCCGAUGAAGCUGGCCGGCUGAACAUCAUUAGGACUUUGCGGCAGGUACAAUUUGACCUUCAAGGUCCGAAAGACAGUCUCAUGGAAGUUGCAGGCUCAGGCCUGGUUACUGCAAUGCUUCGCGUUGGCGCGGAUAUAGGGCUAUUCACUUCUCUUGCAAAGAGUGCAGCUCCAUUGAAGGUAGCAGAAAUUGCAGAGUUGACAAGCACAUCCCCUCAACUUUUAGAGAGGAUUCUUCGUUAUCUAGCUGCAACAAACAUGAUCAAGGAGACAGCAGCCAAUGAGUACACCACAAACAUGGUCACUCACACUCUGGCUGAUCCAAAAGGCGAAGCCAUGAUUUACCAUGCCUUCGAUACCCAUGGACCCGUGGUGACAGCAAUGCCCGAGUUCUUCGCAGAGAACAAGUACCAAGAUAUAACGAGCAACACGAGCACACCGUUCCAAAAAGCUCACAACACCAAACUCAGUUGUUUCGAGUGGAUGCUCCAGCAUCCGCAGCACUUUGAGAGUCUCCAAAAGAUAAUGACAGCCCUUGGAGGAUCAGAAUGGACACAGGAUUUUACCCUCUUCGAAUCCGAAGCCCAAAAGAUCCAAUCGACUGUGCAACCAUCCGAGAAGCCGUUCCUCGUCGACGUGGGCGGUGGCCACGGACACCAGUGCAUCCGGCUCGGGGAGAAGUACCCCAAUCUCCUAGGCCGCCUCGUUGUCCAGGACCUCCCGGAAGCAGUGAAAAAGCUCGCCCCUAUUGCGGGUGUCAAGGCAGAAGCCUAUGACUUCUUCCAACCGCAACCCAUCACCGGCGCAAGGUUCUACUACCUUCGCAGAAUCAUGCACGAUUGGCCCGAUAACGAAGCUGCGAAGAUCCUGCGAAACACUGCCGCCGCCAUGAAUGCCGACUCGCGGAUCCUGAUUGACGAUACCGUGCUGCCGGAUGCGGGUGCCAACUGGCAGGCUACCACGGCUGAUCUUUUAAUGAUGGCGUUUGGUGGCAAAGAGCGCAAUGAAGCUCAGUGGACUUCGCUCGCGAAGGAUGCCGGUUUGCGUGUUGAAUGUAUUCAUACGUAUGUUGCUUCGACUUAUACUGCGAUAGUUGUUUUGGCGCUCGAGUGA